AAUUGAGGUUAUGUGUCUGAUUUGUUUUCAAUUUGUGGGAAGCAAAACACGUGGAUUUUUGAGAUUUUUAGUGAAAAAGUGCAUUAAAAAUGGGAAAAUCAAAGAAGAAAAACAUGAAAUUAGGUCAGGCACCAGCCAAAAAGGCCCUCGAGGAUCAGAUUAUGGAGAGUAGGAUGCCCAAACAGAAGAAUCGCAAUAAAUUCCGAUUGAAGGCUGAGGAAGAAAGUUUUGUCGACGCAAGGAUGACCAAGAAGAUCCUCGAUGUGGCACGGAAGCAGCAAAUUGAAAAUGAAGAGGUGGAUUUCUCAACGAUGUUUGGCCCCACACCGGCGGAAGCUCAUAAGAUCCUCAAGAAAGCCAGACGGGCUCCCAAACUGGGCAAACCGGCAGAGUCAGAUGAUGAGGGAGAUGAUGAAGUAGGACAACAGCCCGAAGUCACAGAACAUGAUUUCUUUGACGAUGUCAAAGUCAAUGAUGAGGAUGAGAAGGCCAUUGAGAUGUUUCAGCACAAAUCGGGUCCAAAAACCAAAUCUCUUUCAGAGAUUAUCAUGGAGAAGAUAGCAGAGAAGCAGAAUGAGCUGCAUACACAACUAUCAGAUGCUGGAUCGCUCAAGAUUGAGGAGAUUGAUCCACGAGUGAAGGAAAUGUACGAAGGAGUCAGAGAUGUGAUGAAAAAGUAUCGCAGUGGAAAAGUGCCCAAGGCAUUCAAAGUGAUUCCCAAGCUGAGGAACUGGGAACAGAUACUGUACAUCACAGAGCCGCAGCACUGGAGUGCUGCUGCAAUGUACCGGGGUACGAGGAUCUUCAGUUCAGUUCUGUCCCAUCCAAUGGCUCAGAGAUUCUACAAUCUCGUCCUACUGCCACGCAUCCGGGAUGAUUUGUGUGAAUACAAGAGGCUCAACAGUCAUCUGUAUGCAGCCCUAAGGAAGGCUCUCUUCAAGCCAGCAGCCUUCUUCAAGGGUAUCAUUCUGCCUCUUCUUGAGUCCGGUGACUGUACCCUCCGGGAAGCCAUCAUUUUUGGCAGUGUCAUUGCUCGCAAUCAAAUUCCCGUCCUCCACUCCUCUGCGUGUCUCCUUAAAAUCUGCGAAAUGGAGUAUUCUGGGGCCAAUUCCAUUUUCAUCCGAAUUCUUCUGGACAAACGCUACGCUCUGCCCUACAGAGUUGUCGAUGCGGCAGUCUUUCACUUCUUGCGCUUCGAACACGAUAAGAGAACAAUGCCAGUACUUUGGCAUCAGAGCUUUCUGACUUUUGUGCAGAGGUACAAGAAUGACAUCUCGUCGGAUCAGAAGGAUGUCCUGCUGGGAUUGCUCAGGAAGCAAGUUCAUCCCAAACUAACGCCGGAGAUUCGUCGGGAGCUCGUGGCGGCAAAAUGCAGAGACAUUGAAAUUCCCAAUGAGCAGGAAAUGAAAGAUGAAGAAGCUGGCCUUAUGGAAAAUAAUGAAUAUGAUCCUGUUUUUGAUGCUCCCAUGGAUAGUGAUUAAUACGA